AUGGAGACCCUGCUGCAUAUUCAAGGUAGUGAAACCUCACCCUUUACGCCACUUUUCCUCAUUCACGCCGUAUCUGGCCUUGCCCUCCCGUACCUCGGCCUUGGUUCGCUCACGAAAGACGACGUUGGUGGAAAUGAAGGUCGAGCCGUCUACGGUGUCAGCUCUCCGAUUUACGCCAGUGGAGACUAUCGAUUACCUUCCUCUCUGGAGGAUGCUGCCCGCCAGUACAUUUCCCUCAUUCAGAGGGAAGUGCAGCCCGAAGGCCCGUAUCUCCUGGGAGGCUGGUCCUUGGGUGGUAUGAUCGCCCUCAAGAUGGCCUCGAUAUUAGAAGAGCGCGGCGAAACAGUUCUUCAUGUCAUUAUGAUUGACUCCGCGAACCCGGAGAACUAUCCUGCCUUUAUCAACCGUGCCGAGCACGAAAAAAUCACAACCUUGACGUAUAACAAGGUUGUAAGCAAAAUGAAUGCACCUAGCCUGGUGGAGGGCGAUGAUAGUAGCUCCAGCUCCGAAUCUCCGGAUGAUGACAACGAUGAGGAUGAUUUCAGUCUUGCGACAAUGCUCCCACGGAUUCGAAAACACAUCUACAAUGGCGUCAACAUGGUGGGCACCGUAGCUCGCAACCACUUCCUUCCCCAACGCUGUCACGCACCUACUACUCUCGUCAAGUGCUCGUCGCUAUCAAGGCCGGUAGCCACACUACGGGAUGUCAGGAAGGAGUUUGUGCAGAAGAGUUUCCGCGACGAGCGGAUGGGUUGGCAGUCAGCGAAAUUCAAGCAUUUUCGAACCGUACAGUUCAAGGCGCAGCAUGACAGCGCGUUUGAUAAGGCGCAUGUGGGUGAGCUGACGGGCAUUUUGAGAGGCGUCCUGGCAAUGAUUGCAUAA